CUCUGAUAUCAGCCGCCGACGCGGUUCCGACUCGAAGCUCCAACCAAACACUCCAUAGACACACCGUCUGAACUCAAACAAGUCACCGCAACAAUUUGACUUGACAUAUUUGCCAAGACCAUACUUCUCGACGCUCCAAAAUCGCCGAUCCGACCGGCCACUUAACUUUAAUUAAGAGCCUCUCAGCAAUUUCUUUCCAAACCCAUCUUGGCGCAGUGGGUGCAAACGGAGCAACUCACGAACACGGAUCGCAAUACCACUUUCGACCGAGUCAACCGACGAGUAUUCUGAACCAACAAGCCCAAGAGAUGACUGCAGAUCCUGAGAUCUCUUUGGGCCAGCCCAUGCGGCCCCUGGCCACUGAAAUGCGUCGCCAGGGUCGUCUGACCAUGACUAAGCAAUCUGAAGCCUGGAAGGACGUCGAUUCUGAGCAAGUGCUUCAAAAACCUCUCUUCAACUGGCCGAUGGUCGAACUGGGAACCAAGCAAUAUAUUCCAGAAGACUGGGUUGCCAAGGAGACAUCCCGGAGGUUGUGGAUAUCGGGCCACGGUGAUUACCUGGUGGAAUUGGAUCGUGAUGGAAAGGUAGGCGAUGCCGUCUGGUGCUGCAAGUACUGUAGCCAGCCCUUCAAAGCUGCUUCUACCAUCAGUGCCGCUACCCAUCUCUCGAUGAAACAUAAUCGCCACGAUAGUGCAAAGGAGCCGCCAGCGAAGAGGCACAAGUCGUCGGUCUUGGAAUGCAACAAGCCGCAGCAGCCACCCAGGUUCUGAAGCCCACAGCGGAUUCAGCACCCGCGGAAGCAAGACCGGAUUCGACAGUGGAUUUAGCAGCGGACUCGACAAUGGACUCGACGACAGUUUUGACAGUGGACUCGACAGGGAAGUUGAUCAAGAAGCAUCUCGUCAACUGGAUCGUUAACAACGACCUUCCGUUCACCAUCGUUGAGGAUCCUCCUUCAUUUCUUCAACCCCGAAUACGCCGAGAAGUACAUCCCACGAUCCGCUGGAAAAGUACGCAAAUGGGUGGAAGGGAGACUUCAACUUGACUCCUCCCAGCAAUCAUACAGCGGACUAACAGAUCACUGGCACCAAACACCUGUGCUUGGUACCACGGCCUGCAAAUGUCGUACAACAAACAGCAGCAGUUCUCCGCACGGAUGGCUUCCAUUAUUAAUCGCCCAUCACUCUUCACCGCACCGGCUUCCAAAAACCCAAAUAGUUACCACGAAAA